AAUCUUGGCUGCAUGAUAUGCAAAUCAGACUGCACUGGCCAUGUCUAGCGACACAGCACUGGGUCAGAAGCUGUCUGCAGCUCCUGGAAGAGUUUCUGUUAAGAGAGAAGCCGUCAGCAGAAUGUCACAGAAUUCAUCAUGUCAAAACUGGCUGGUUGCAGAGAAUAUCUUGAAAAAGUACUACCUCUCCACAUUUUAUGGGAUUGAGUUCGUUUUGGGGAUGCUUGGGAACAUCACCGUGGUGUUUGGUUACCUCUUCUGUCUGAAGAACUGGAACAGCAGCAACGUGUAUCUCUUUAACCUUUCCAUCUCUGACUUUGCUUUCCUGUGCACCCUCCCCAUGCUGAUAAGGAGUUAUGCCAAUGAUAACUGGAUCUACGGAGAUGUUCUCUGCAUUUUCAACCGAUACGUGCUUCAUGCCAACCUCUACACCAGCAUCCUUUUCCUCACUUUCAUCAGCAUCGAUAGAUACCUGCUCAUGAAGUACCCUUUCCGAGAACACAUUCUGCAAAAGAAGGAGUUUGCCAUUUUAAUCUCUUUAGCUGUCUGGGUUUUAGUAACCUUAGAAGUCCUACCCAUAUUCCCUUUCAUAAAUUCUGACCAAUCAGGCAAAGACACCAUCUGCAAAGACUAUGCAAGUUCCGGGAACCCUAAAUACAAUCUCAUUUACAGUUUGUGCCUGACUUUGCUGGGCUUCCUCAUUCCCCUCUCUGUGAUGUGCUUUUUCUAUUACAAGAUGGUAGUCUUCCUAAAGAGGAGGAGCAGGCAGCAGGUGACUGCUCUGCCACUGGACAAGCCUCUGCGCUUAGUGGUUCUGGCAGUGGCGAUCUUCUCUGUACUCUUUACACCCUACCACAUCAUGCGCAAUGUGAGGAUCGCCUCGCGCCUUGAUAGCUGGCCACGAGGAUGCUCGCAGGAGGUCAUCAAAACCUUGUACAUUGUGACCCGGCCUCUGGCCUUUCUGAACAGUGCCAUCAACCCCAUCUUCUACUUUCUCAUGGGAGACCACUUCAGAGAGAUGCUGAUUAGUAAGCUGAGACAGUACUUUAAGUCCCUUACCUCCUUCAGGACAUGAACUGCUGGAUGCAUAGUGUUGCUGGAUUUUCUUUUCCCUCCAGGUCUCACCGCCAUUUUCAGCCCCCCAAAAGCACACAAAGACAUAUAGUAAUUAUAAAACUGUUGGUUGAUGGCUAGGGAUUCCACUGGCUAGCUCUUUCUUAAUUUUUAACACAUCUCUAUUCAUCUAUGUAUUUCCGUGUGGUAUUGGCUUACCAGAGAACGCCUGGCGCAUCCCACCCUCCUGGUCACUCCAUGGUGUCCCUUUCUGUCUCCCUCUGCCUACCUUUCCCAGAAUUCUCCUCCUCUCCAAGUCCCACCUAUCUUCCAGCUUCUAUUGGCCAGCCAGUUUUGUAUUCAUCAACCAAUAAGAGAAAUAUAUAUACAGAAGGACACACCCCAUCAGCAGGGCUUCACUUAGCAAAAUUGCUCUGCAGUUGAGUUUUAACAAAGUAGACCACUGUCUCCAGGCUUUAGCUACUCCCACCACAUGCAAUGCUGGAGUACAAGCUGGGUCUUUGACAGCCAGCAAGUCUGUUUAAAUAGGUACACAUAUCUGUCUUUAUUUCAGGUUGUAUCCCAGAGCAUAAGAAAAUAUGCAUUAAAAAAGUGUUAAUAUCUUCACUUAAGAACUGAAAAAAGUGAACUAAUGCUGUAGCAUCUGGACACUUAAGAUCUAAAACCUUGGAAUUUUAAGAAUUCUUCUAUCAGUGUAAAAGAAAUACAAGAUAGCUAGAUUAUCAUGCCACAUGAAUUUCAUCAUUGGCCAAGUUGAUAAACAUGUUUAGGAAAUACUCUCUGCUAUGUUUAUUCUUGCAAUAUUAAAACUUUAUGUGAAAAAUAAAUAGAACUCAAUAUACAUCAUUAACUGUUAUUUAUAGAAGUUAUAUUCUUGGAAAAUGUAAAUAAGAGAAAUGUUUAAUAAAAGCAGUGCAAUUAAUUUCUCUGUACUGAUCAUGAACUGUAAUUCACCUGUAAUAUAUCAAUCAGUCCUUUUUCUGUUAGAUGGGCUAUAGCAAAUAAGAAUCUUUGUUUAGGUUAGUAGGAUGUAAAAUAUUCAACAAAGGGAACUGGUAUGCUCUGACUUGGCUUUCAGGAAAUUUGGCCAUGAUCAAAUUCCAUGGUAAUUCUACUAAAAUAUUGAAGAUAUAUGACAAGGAAGCAUUCAGAAAUUCCACCAUUACAAAACUCUAAAUAUGUUUGAAACUUAUAGCAAAAUAAAGCACACCAAAAUAA